AUGUCAUCAUCAAUUGAAUCACUUUUAGAAGAAUAUGAACAAAGAGCAAAACAAUAUGAAGUUGAAGUGGAAAAGAAGCCAAGAAAGAAGAAAUCAACAACAAGUAAAAAAUCACCAAAUACAUCAAUAAUUUUAAAUGAUGGAGUUGAGGAGGCAGAAAUUGAAAGUGUUUCAGAAUUAAAUAUUUCAAACUUGGAAAAUGUAUCAGAAUCAUAUUUGGUCGAACCAGCUGAAAUACCAACAGUUGAACUGAAUGAAGAUUUCUCUGAAAGAUAUCCUGAAGAUUCUUUUAAAUUGUUAACUGAAGAAGAAGUUAAACGAUUGUUAACCAUUGAGGAAGUUUGUGACUUGUUGGAUAAAAAUUUUGGUCUUGAUUUGGUUGUUAUGGAUUUAACAGAGAAAUGUUCAUUUGCUGAAUAUUUAGUUUUUGUAACAGGAAGUAGUCAUCGUCAUAUGAAAACUCUUGCAAAGAGUGUUAUUAAGGAACUUACAGCAAGAAAAUUAUUUAAAUUGAAACCAACUAUUGAAGGUGAAACUGAUACAAAUUGGAUGGUUGUUGAUGCUGGUAACAUUAUUGUGCAAGUGUUUUCACCAGAAGGAAGAAAAGCUGUCGAUUUGGAAAGAAAGUGGUCAUUCCACAGUAAGAAAGAUUUUGAACCAACUUUGGAAGAAUUAGCUAAUGCUAUUGGUGAAAAUCCAAAGAGAAAGAAAAAGAAAUAA